ACAAUAUAUGCAACGACGGUCACCUGCAUGAUGUGAGAUUGUCCGUGGACAUGGAGGCGUUGAAUCCUACGGGAGACGUAGUACGCCAUCAUCAAGGCAGCCUCAUGCAGCGGUGUCAAUGUGAAAGAUUGCAUAGUCAUGAACAACCUCGGAGAUGAACGAUUGCAGAAUCGCAAGGGCCACAAUAUGUCUCAUAAAACGCCUCCCGCCGAGCUCGUGUCGAUUUAUGAGCCACUCGAUGGCCAAAUAUGUAUUCACCUCGUAAACUCUCGAGCUGAAUGCCAUCGGGCGCCUCACGUAGAAACAAACAGGUAGACUGCCUUUUGCGCAGGACCCAUCACCUCUCCACUCUCCGCUCAUGAACGUCUUCUCACCCCUCCGACAUGCUGCCAAGGCUGCUUUCAGGCCAUAUUUCUCUGAAUCAGUCAGAAUCCCAUCCAAUUUCGACAGCCUGUAUGUCGCCAAUGUCUCUUCCGCGGCCCGCAAAGCCGUCCUCGACGUCUUUGCUGCGAAGCCCGACGCUGUGGGCCUCAGCACCCAGGAGAUAUGGGAGGAGUCGCUGGAGCAAAUUGACCUUCCUGUACCUCCGGUCUCAUUGAAUCCGUCGCCCCAGUUGCCCCCGGGUGAAUGGCAUCCCCUGCGGUCCGUCAGAAAUUUGAAGAAGUAUGUACUUCCACAAAUGGAAGAGGAACGCCGGCUUAUGAAGGUCCACGUGAAAAUCGCGGAGGAUGUGCGGGAGGAGGAUGGAACCGUGACCAGGCAAAAAGUCUUCGUGGACGGCGAAGAGUUCAUCACGACGCCCGUCAGGGACACGCGCUACGGAACAAAGGUGAAAGACGUCUGGAUAUGGCGGCUGAUGGAUGAGAAGGAGUGGAUCGAGCGCGAAGAGAAGUUAGCAGCAAAGAAGGCAAAGCACAUCGAGCGGGAGAGGUUGGACGAGGAGGCGAGAAAGUUGUGGAAACAGACCAAGAACGAUCCGCUUUUGAGGGGACAGUACAGGCUGAAGCAGCAACUGAAGAAGGAAGAAGAGGAAUUCAUGAUAGAACGGGAGAAGCCGCCGCACAACGAUCUCGAGGAAGAGUACGAACAUUCUUUUAAGCUCCUCGAGGACCUUCCACAGGGACGCCACAUGAGGCCGAACCGGAGGAGAAGGGAGAUGCCGGACUGGCAAUGGAAGGAGGACGAGGACCAGUUCGGGUUCAAGUCAAAGUGAAACGGCCAACGGUGGGAUGGAAGGGCGAGUGGGAUGAUGAGAACAAAUUUGACGGGUAGGCCGAGAGUCGGUGGACGGUGUACCUCCAUGCACGAACGCUACCGUUACGUCGGUUAACAUUGGGUUCCAUCUCAGCUUAUGCUGCGUGGCCGUUUUGGCAUUCUCGAGUUGAUCAUCCCCUCCUCAUGCGUUCAACGUUGU